CUAUAGUUUCUGCAGCAGCAAUAUUCUCGCAAAGCACUGUGGGAGCUCUCUUUCCUCCCCGGACUCUAAUCCAGCCGACAUGGGCAAGUGCCGUGGAUUGCGUACCGCCAGAAAGCUGCGGGAUCACCGCCGUGAGCAGAAGUGGCAUGAUAAACAGUACAAGAAGGCCCAUUUGGGUACUGCCCUGAAGGCUAACCCCUUCGGAGGAGCUUCACACGCCAAAGGAAUUGUGCUUGAGAAGGUUGGUGUUGAAGCCAAGCAGCCUAACUCUGCUAUUAGGAAGUGCGUCAGGGUCCAGCUGAUCAAGAACGGCAAGAAAAUCACUGCCUUCGUUCCCAACGACGGUUGCUUGAACUUCAUCGAGGAAAACGAUGAAGUUCUGGUGGCAGGGUUUGGUCGUAAGGGACAUGCCGUUGGUGAUAUCCCUGGUGUACGUUUUAAGGUGGUGAAGGUGGCCAACGUUUCUCUUCUGGCUCUGUACAAAGGCAAGAAGGAGAGACCUAGGUCAUAAAUACUCACGAUGCCCAGAACACAAUAAAUCAGUUUUUCAAAUACAUAAA